UUCACACGCGUGUUUCUCUUGUAUUUAUAAACAUCGUGUAUACAUAUCUAAUCUAAUAGUAACUGUUAGGAUAGUAACUGUUUUGUAUCAAACUAGAUUUAUUUAAAUAUUAAACUAUUUUGCCAAGAUAUGGAACUACUCUCAGACGAGGGCCUCCGACUGGACGGGCGCCGGUCAAACGAACUGCGACGGAUUCAGUGCAAGCUGGGAGUUUUCAGCCAACCAGACGGUAGCGCCUACAUUGAGCAAGGAAACACGAAAGUUCUGGCGGCAGUCUAUGGACCACAUCAGGCACCGGGCAAAAAGAGCAGCCACGAGGAAGUCAUUGUCAACUGCCAGUAUAGUAUGGCUACGUUUUCCACUGGAGAGCGCAAGAAACGUCCCCGUGGCGAUAGGAAAAGCCAGGAGAUGACUAUUCAUCUGCAGCAAGCCUUGAGUGCGGCCAUUAAGACGGAGCUGUACCCAAAGAGUCAGAUCGAUGUAUACAUCGAAGUGCUGAUGGCAGACGGUGGGAAUUACUGUGCAUCGGUAAAUGCAGCCACACUAGCGCUAAUAGACGCCGGUGUGUGCCUGAAGGAGUACGUAUGCGCUUGCACGGCAUCAUUAGCCGGAAAGAUACCGUUGAUGGAUGUUUCGAAUUUGGAAGAGAUGAGUGGCGGACCAACGUUAACGGUGGCUUCCUUACCAAGCAGUGGAAAGAUUGCGUUUAUGGAAAUGUCCCAACGAUUCCAUCUGGACCAUCUUCCGAAUGUUUUGGAAACGGCACUUCAAGGCUGCCGGGAGGUGCAGAAAAUUAUCGAUCAAGCCGUUAGAGACCACGUAACACAGCUGGGACAGGCCGGUGAUUGGGGAAGUAUUGGAAAAUAAAUGUUAACUGUAUGAACAUUUU